CACAACUCGUAAACGCAACGCAUUCGAAUUUUCUGAUAAACAAAUUCUUUUAUGCUAGACUAUCAAAUUGAUAUUAUGUAUGCGUGGUUAUAAUGGUUUCCGGUAUGCGUAGAUCGGUACGACAGUAGAAAAAAAGACAACGUUCAGAGCGUAUAUUAAAUUAUAUGUUUACGCGUCUAGAUAGGAAUUCAUGUUGACUAGAUUGAGAAACAUUAUUCUCAAUAUCUCUGUAAAUUAAAUCACACCCGAAAGCAACCGCCGAGCUACUUCGACAUAACCUACGUUUUAAAUUUCUUCUUCGGCGUUCAGUUAAAUGUCAUUAUUCGAAACAAUGCUGAACAGAAUCCGAGUAAAUUUCAAGUCAACGUUUGGAAAUAUUCAGUCGCGUUCUAUUAGUAAGCCAUCUGUUAAAUGUAAGGUGAACGUUGAAGAUAAAAUGCAAGCUUGGCAAAUACACUCGUACGGAGGUCUGGAGGAAUUGAAGCUUUCAAACAUCAGAAUUCCGGUGAUCGGUAGACCGACGGACGUCUUGAUAAAAGUCCAAGCAUCUAGCGUAAAUCCAAUAGACAUUGCCAUGACAAGAGGAUAUGGAGCAGCAGUUCUAAAUUUUAUGCGGAAAACAAAGGGUCUCACCGGUGGUGGACAGCAUAAUGAAUUAGAGCUUCCGUUAACUUUAGGCAGAGACUUUUCCGGUCUAAUAGUCUCAAAGGGGCAUGGCGUCGGCAAUAGGUUAAAAUUAGGCGACCAAGUAUGGGGCGUAGUUCCAGUGGAACAACAGGGUUGUCAUGCUGGUUACGUAGCAGUCGAUAAUAAUUUGGUCGCGCUACAUCCUAAAAAUUUAUCGUGCGUAGAGGCAGCUAGUAUAUUGUACGCCGGGCUUACAGCAUGGUCCGCUUUAUGGAUUACCGGUGGAUUAUGUUAUAAGAGUACAAUGGCGACGAGAAGAAAUAAUAGAAUUUUAGUAUUAGGUGGUUCCGGCGGUGUAGGAACGUUGGCGAUACAACUUGCAAAGGCUUGGAACAUGCACGUUAUUACCACUUGUAGUAGCGACGCUGUAAAUCUCGUGGAAAAAUUAGGAGCAGACGUUGUAAUCGAUUAUAAACUGGACGACGCUGAUUCGAAAGUGAUUACAGAGGGGCCAUACAACAUAAUUUUGGAUUGUGCUAAUCAGGGGCCGCAUCAGAUACGAUCAAAGGGUUACCCACAUUGUACUUAUAUAACUUUAAAUUCUCCGCUGCUAAAAAAUAUCGAUCGACACGGAUUAAUUGCCGGAACCAUGAAAAAUAUAGGAGAGUUGGUGAAAUAUAACAUCCCAACUAUGGAGAAUAAAAGCUUCGUGAAAUGGGGAUUUUUUACACCUUCGCAAGCAGGAAUCGUGGCUCUUCAACAAUUUGUUGAAACUGGAGAGGUUGUCCCAGUAGUAAAAAAAGUAUAUCGGUUCCAAGAAUUACCAUUAGCAUACGAUAGAGUGGCUCAAGGUCACUUACGGGGUAAAUUGGUCGUCGACAUGAGAUCGUAUUAAUAAAAACGAAAAAUGUUAACCAAGAAAAGAAGAGCGUUUAGAGAAGAAUUUAUAUUUAUUCCAUCAGAACGACACGGGGUAUAUGCUUAAACUUUUACAGGAAUUAAUUAUACUUUUUGUUAAAUA